GCUUGCAAUAUUGCUUUUUUAGGAAAAACCAAGAGCAAGGCCAAGUCACGGUCUGUUCGAGCUGGAUUGCAGCUGCCUGUAGGGAGGAUUCACCGAAAGCUCAAGAAAGGCAAUUAUGCAGAACGCGUUGGCGCUGGUGCACCAGUCUAUCUUGCUGCUGUUCUUGAGUACUUGGUGGCUGAGAUGCUUGAGCUUGCUGGGAAUGCAGCCAGGGAUCACAAAAAGACCAGGAUCUCACCCAGGCAUUUGCUGUUGGCAGUUCGUAAUGAUGAAGAACUCAACAGAUUGCUUCAUGGUGUCACCAUGAUAGAAGGAGGAGUCCUGCCUAGCAUUCAUCCAACUUUGAUGCCAAAGAAACCCAUCUCCACCAUUGGUGGCUCUGCUCCCCCAAGUGGAUCUCAAGAAAUCUAAGUCACUGCAUUUCAUUCCACUUGGCAAUUUGACCACUGUCCCUUUUUUCUUAUCCUUAUCAUUUCUUUCAAUGUAGAAGGGCAUUUUCUAAUAUUCUUGAGUGCAUUUAUUUUAUUCUGUGCCAUUUUAACAUGAAAUGUGGUGAUAUUUUGACUAUUUAUACUUUGAAUACAAGAGCAUGCAAGAUCCA